AUGAUUCAGAGCCCAUUUUCAGGCUCAAAUGUCCAUUUGCUGUUAAUAAUGAUUCGACACUUGUGGAAAUUAGUGGCGGCGAAUUAAGCAGAUACACUUAUUUGAAGAUUGGAGAAAUGAAGGCCUCUGAAGUUAGUGAUGGAUGCAGAGUCGAAUUUAUAGGACUGACCUCUUGGCCUAAUAUUAAAGAUCAUGAGAGCAACAUUUCCCUCUCUGAUUUUCAUCAUGCAGUCCUCUACGGAUUUGAUCUUAAUUAUUAUAUCAGAUUAUGAUUAUAGAAUUUAGACCAAGGACAGGUAAGGAUUACAUGUUAGUUUACUUCUUCAAUUAUUAUAAUAUUAGCAGAACUAUGGAUUCACUCACUACAAUUUCAUUUCUUCUUGUCAUUGUAAGCCCUUUUAAAUGGUUUCUCUGUAAGGACUCAAACUUUUCGUCUUCUCUCUCUCUAUGCAUAUUUAUCCUCCAUUCUAACUGCUCAUAUUUUGAACUUUAAUCUAAACAGGGAUCAGAAGAAUGCUAUUCAUAGGUAAGCUGAGCUCAUUUUACUUUAGCAAAUUAAGCUGAAUUAAUAUUGUUUGCUUUGUCCGGAUAUUAAUUUGAGCUCAUAUAUACACUACAGCAUUAAUUGCUUAGUCACUCAUUCGAAUGGAAAAUAGAAAAUAUUAAUCAUUAUUUACUCAAUCAACCAUACAAACUUUACCAAAAUUCGGAAAAUGUUAACAUUUGAGUUUUUUUUUUAUUAAUGAUCAUGUAAAUUAUUUGUUCUAAUAUAGUACUACUUCAUAUUUGAGGUUUUUAAUAUUUGGGUGGUUAAGGCAAACUCGGCAAUCUCUUUACUUGCCAUACCUUAGAGCCUGCUCUACUAUCUCAAAGUCUAACUCAUGAGAUGGUGAUUGUUGAGUAAUAGACUACUCAUAAGCUCUACAUUAUCUCUUUAACAACUCAAUUCAUAAGUUAGUUAUAAACUCAAAGUUAGUUAAGUUAGUUGUUAGCUCACCUAGUUGUUAAGAAUCGUUUACCACUAUUAUAUAUACAUAUCAUGUGUACUCUUAAAGAUCAAGACUAAUGAAUGAUAAUUACACUACUUUGCGUUUACUUCUCUUCUUCCUUCUCUGUUUCUUCUGCUGCUUCCUCCAUCUUCUAUGUUAGUUACUUCCUCUGUGUACUACUCAAGAUCACAUUGAUGAUCUUCCAAUGUUCAGCAGAAAUUGUUCAAGAUGACACCAACAACCCAGUCCCUCAAUUAAUGUGGAACACUUGACAAUGUAAUUUUCAAAAUUUUUAUCAUCCAUGGAUUUCUCAUUUUCAGUCAGCUAUUAUUAGGACCUUUGUUAAACACUAGCUGCACUGUAUUUGGGAGCAAAAUUUGUGAUCGGCCUGCCUUUCGUAAUUGCAUUUCUGGUGUUCAAAUUCAAAAGGAGGCAUUUGUCGACAUAUGAUACUAUUGAAGGCUUUUUGCAAGCACAAAACAAUUUCAUGCCAAUCAGAUAUAAUUACUCAAACAUAAAGAGGAUGACUAGAGGGUUCAAAGAGAAAUUAGGUGAGGGAGGCUAUGGCAGUGUAUACAAAGGAAAACUUCGAAGUGGUAGGGAUGUAGCAGUGAAGAUGUUGAGCAAGCCUAAAGCUGGUGGACAAGAUUUCAUGAAUGAAAUAGCUACCAUUGGAAGGAUUCAUCAUGUCAACGUGGUCGGACUCGUGGGGUAUUGUGUUGAGAGAACAAAGCGUGCUCUUGUAUACGACUUCAUGCCAAACGGAUCACUUGAUAAGUACACUAGCACCAGUCAAGAACAAAGUCCAGUGUUGAGUUGGCAGAGGAAGUAUGACAUUAUUCUUGGAGUGGCUCGAGGAAUCGAGUAUUUGCAUCGAGGCUGUGACGUACGAAUUUUGCACUUUGACAUCAAGCCACACAACAUUCUUCUAGAUGAGAACUUCAUCCCAAAGAUUUAUGACUUUGGGCUUGCAAAAUUAUAUCCAACAGAUAACAGCAUUGUGACUCUCACAGCUGCUCGUGGAACGAUUGGAUAUGUUGCCCCAGAGCUGAUCAGCAGAAGCGUUGGAGCAAUCUCUUACAAAGCUGAUGUUUACAGCUUCGGAAUGCUACUAAUGGAAAUGCUCGACAUGAAGAGAAAUGUAGGUGCAAGUGAAGAAAAGUCUAGCCAAUACUUUCCUUAUUGGAUAUACGAUAAGUUCAACAAGGGGAAGGAGGUCGUGGUGGAUGAAGAAGCGAAUGAUGAUGAAAAGGAGAUGGCGAGAAAGAUGAGUUUAGUUGCGUUAUGGUGCAUACAAACAAAUCCAGUACAACGCCCUUCGAUGAGUAAAGUAGUAGAAAUGCUUGAAGGUGAAGGUGAAGUUCUACAAGUACCUCCUCAGCCACUUCAAUCUCAACCCACUGUUCCGUUGUUUCGUCAGAUGGAGAGUUCCAUAACAUUUUCAUCCGAUUCAGUCGCUUUAUUAGAAAAUUCUGCUAAUAAUCCAGUUGAAUUAGACAUAUGUUGUGACUGAUUCAUACAAAUAUAGUUAACCCAACGUGUUUUGGACUGAGAAGUUAUUGUUGUAUUAGUAAUGCAAAGGACUGUUGCCAACCAUAUGAUAGUUGUAGUGAAUGACUAUCCACUUUAUGCACUUCUUUACCACCACCACAAACUCUUCGACUGUUAGUCAGCCAAAGAUUGAACCACUAUUCGCUGCCGACAUGCAGCAGUAUUUGUUACCAAAAGCCAAUAAAUUCUUGCCCACAAUUGGAAGAAUUUAACAGCUUAAAAGUGCUUGAGCAUGGGGUCAACACUUUCCUCCCUUCAAUUCACUUCUGGUGUUUCUGUGUUAGUAAAAUGUAAUUUUGCAACUAUGUUCAGAAUCGCAUGCAAGUGUUAUUUAUGUUUAUCUCCCUUACUAUGUCUUGUUUAUGAGAUAAGAUCAAAUGGAAUGUUAUUCUUUCCCGUAAUUGAAUUGUUUGAAUGUUGAAGUUAAUCAAUAGAGCUAGUUAGAAAGGUGUGGAGGCUACAUUAGUUGUGCAAAUCCUUUCAUCAGAUCUCUUGUGACUUAACCUGUUAUGGCAUGUCUCCACCUUCGACUUUGGACUGCUGAAUUCAUGUUCCCAUUUGUCCCAGAGAUUGGAGCUUGAGGAGGAUUUGCUCAAGCAAAAGCAAAUCUAGCUAUUUUAACCCUUUCGAUAGAAAAUAUAUUUGGUCAUUUUCAACUUAUUGUCAGCACUAUUAU